AUGUCUGCUACUACUACUGGUAUCAAAAACCUCAUCUAUGCCACUGAAACUGAUUUCGUUCAAGAUUGGCACGUCCGUGUUACUUGGAUCGCCUUCAUGACAUUAUGGGUCAUUUGGGGUUUGGUUUGGGUCGUUCGCUCAUUCUUUGUGGGUCAAGUUGAUUCUGCUGUAACAACGAAUCCUGAGGUAGCCACUACUGCUGCUGAUCCUGAGGUCGCUCACAAGAAAUUCUCCUUAAAGACGCCUGUUGUCAAUGGUACAUUUGCUCCCCGUUUGGAAAGAGGUUAUCAAGUUGUCAAGGAUGCUCUUUUCUCUCUUCUUUGCUUGCUCUCUAUGAAUACAUUUGCUCGUGCUUCUACUUAUGCUGUUAUGAUUCUUGCUUGGUUCUUUGUUGCAUUUGCUGUAUUCUGGUUUGCUGUCGAACUCGUUGUCGAUAACCGUUAUGUUCGUGUUCUUUACACUACCAUCUUUUACGGUCUUGGUUUGACCAUCGGUGGCCUUGCCUACAAGCAAGGCUUCUUCUAG